GGCAGGCGAGGGGCGAGCAGGACGGCUGCCUUGACAUUUGUGAGGGGCAGUGAUCCAAAUAUUGAUUUGUUUUUCAGACAGCUUUGGAACCAUAGGGUUGACUCUGUGUACAUACAGAUCAAGUUAUGAUGCAGAUCUAGACUUUUAUGUGUCCCCCCCCAUUCUAUAGGAGGGCAUUUGAAUAAUUCGUCAUAAGUGCAGCUUGGCCACUGGCUGUUGUAAACUGUCAUAUUUUUAAAUGUAAUUUCAACAUUUUGUAGUUAGGCAACUUAACUUAAGAUGUUGAAGCAUAUUCACACACAAACGUACCAACGCACACACACACGACCCGAUUAAACGUCUGUAGGGACCGGGUUUUCCGUAUAUCUGAGGAUGUUAUUCGCGUGGGAAAUACUCUGCCGCGCAGCCACCCACGGGGCGCGUGCCCGAUUUAAUCAUAUCUCCUCCCGCUGCAAGAAAGGUAGAGAGAGAGAGGGGGAGAGAGAGAGAGAUGACAGUGUCGAUGCUGCUGAGUGUCGAGUCCAAUCCCCGGUGUGUUAUCUCUCUGCUAGACAGUCGGUAACGGAGCUGCUCCUCACGGGAGCAGACGGCAGGCGCGCGAGGGAGGGAAUGAGAAAGCGCGAGGGGUUUCAUUCUGGUGACACAUGUCAGAUAUAGGCUCGAGCUGUGGAAUGUAUCGGAUGCCAGUGCACACACAGAUGGGCUGUCCCGCGCUAUGCCGUGCACUUUGACGUCGCUGCACUAACGGGAGACAAACUCCCGCAGAAAGAGGGAAAGACACAUUGGAGAGACUGAUAGAGGGACUGGGCGACGGCCGCGGCGGAGUGUCUGAAGUUUCCCGAUGGCGCUGGUGAUGGAGCCGGUGAGCAAAUGGAGCACGAGCCAGGUGGUGGACUGGAUGAAAGGCCUGGAUGACUGCCUGCAGCAGUACGUGGGUGUGUUUGAGCAUGGAGGUGUGUGUGGGGAGAGGCUGCUGAGGAUCAGCCACGCCGAGCUGGAGGAGCUGGGCGUGUCUCGCAUCGGACACCAGGAACUCAUCCUGGAGGCUGUGGACCUGCUCUGUGCUCUGAACUCAGGUCUGGAGACGGAGAGUGUGAGGACCCUGGCCCACAAGCUCGGCGCCUCGGCAAAAAACCUCCAGAACUUCAUCUCUGGCCGCCGGCGCAGCAGCCAAUCAGAGAGCAGAUCUUCUCGUCGCCUUCCAAACGACCUCCUGACUUCUGUGGUUGAUCUCAUCACCGCCGCCAAGAGUUUACUGGCCUGGCUGGACAGGUCAUCUUUCGCUGCAGUCGCAGACUACUCAGUGACCCGAAACAAUGUCAUCCAGCUUUGUCUGGAACUCACUACCAUCGUACAGCAGGACUGUACCGUUUAUGAAACUGAGAAUAAGAUUCUCCAUGUGUGUAAGACUCUGUCGGAGGUGUGUGAGCACAUCGUGUGUGUGUCGUCAGAUCCGCUGGUGUCCCAGUCAGCUCACCUGGAGCUGGUGCACCUCACCAACAUCAAACCCACCGAGGGCCUGGGGAUGUACAUCAAGUCAACCUACGAUGGUCUGCAUGUCAUCACAGGGACCACAGAAGGGUCUCCUGCUGACCGCUGUAAGAAGAUCCAUGCAGGAGAUGAGGUCAUCCAAGUUAACCACCAGACUGUGGUGGGCUGGCAGCUGCGUAACCUGGUGGGCUCUCUACGAGCAGACAAGGGGGGCGUGUCUUUGACGCUGAAGAAACGCCCACAGAGCACGCUUAGCUCCGCCCCCGCGCUGCUGAAGAACAUGCGCUGGAAACCCUUAGCUCUGCAGCCAACCAGGAGCCCCGGCAGUGGUCCGGCCACGCCCUCAGGCACGCCCACCAAGAGCUCCGCCCUCCAGGACCUCUACAUCCCACCCCCUCCUGCUGAGCCGUACACACCGAGGGAUGAAACGGGGACCUUGCCUGGCGAUGAGGCGUCCCGUAACCAUGGCGCCUCCUUGCUGGCCAAACGCUCAGAGUCGCCCAACUCUUUCCUGGACCAGGAAUCUCACCAACAGGAAGAGGAGGAGCCAGUUUACUGUACCACGCCCACCUAUGGAAGGCUUAGGCCUAUCUCCAUGCCUGUGGAGUGCAACUGGGUGGGGGACUACGAAGACCCAGCCAAGCUGAACAGGGACAACCGCAGAGAAGCGUCUCUGCUGCGCUACGUGGGAUUGGCUGGAGGAGAGGAGAGGCUCGGUUCGGAGGAUUACUCCUCCCACACUGGGCGGAGCCAGAAACGCGACACGGGCAAGCGGAGCAACGACACUGGCAAACGCACCAAGAGGCGGAGCCACCACAGCCAGAGCCCCUCCCACUAUGUCCUUCAGAGAGAGGCCACGCCCACAGAGCAAGCUGCUCUCUACCAUACGUACCAGCAGUCGACGUCUCUCUCUAAGACCAGGAAGAAGAACAAAGGCCGAGGCCUGACCCUGCUGAGCCGCAGGCGGGUGUCCUGCAAGGCCCUGGGCCGGGGAGACUGUGAGGGCUGGCUCUGGAGGAAGAGGGACGCCAAGGGAUACUUCUCCCAGAAGUGGAAGAAGUACUGGUUUGUUCUCAAAGAAACCUGUCUCUACUGGUACAUCAACGAAGAGGAUGAGAAGGCUGAAGGCUUUGUCAGUCUCCCAGAGUUCAAGAUUGACAGAGCCAGCGAGUGUCGCAAGAAGUACGCGUUCAAAGCGUGCCAUCCCAAAGUUAAGAGUUUCUACUUUGCUGCCGAUGGCGUGGAUGACAUGAACAGGUGGCUUAGCCGUCUGAACAUGGCUGCUGUCGGAUACACAGAGCGGAUACGCCAGGAGCAGGACUACUGGAGUGAGAGUGAUCAGGAGGAGGAAGCCUCCAGCCCCAAACAGGACAGCCCCCCUCCCCCCUACGACACCUACCCCCGGCCCCCCUCAAUGAGUGCGUACGUGGAGGGCAGGACCGGCCGUCUGUCGUCAACGGAGACGUCUCGUUCCCGCUCCUCUCAGGAGGACUUCCUGGGCGAGCCUGCGGUCGGCGGCAGCGAGGCGCAGUACCACUCUGGACCACGGGGGACCAGUGGGGGACCACUUCCUGCCACUCACAGUGGCAGGAAGGCGAUUGGGAGCAGCAGCAGCGACGCGCAGUACCGCUGUGAUCCUGUAGAGUAUCGCUCCAGUCCUGGGGGGGGCAGCAGUGAGACAGGCUCCCCGGGGCGCUCCUCCUCGUCCCAGCGACGCUCGUGGCAGGACCUGAUAGAGACCCCCCUAACAGAGGCAGGGCUGCACUACCUGCAGACUGGACCCCUAGAAGACGCUGUGUUUGCGGACCCUGUGGUAGGGCUUGAGAGUAUGGCUGUGGGCGGAGUCUACACUCUCCCCGCACAGAGGAACCUCCCGUAUCCCCUGGCAACCCAGAGACUCAUCCCCAUGGCAACCCAUGGAGGGAAACCCCGCAGUUACACCUUACCUCGAGACAGCAACCUGCACACCGUGCUGGCACCACCUGUAAGACAGGACCUGCACACACACACCGGUGCAGGUGAAGGGGCGUCGCUGGGCGACCUGUUCCGUGCGUGUGAGCAGGGUGGGGUGUGUCCCCUGGGGCGGCCCUCAGAGCUCCGGGGUCAGACAGAGUUCAGACAGUCGUUCCUGCGCAGGGCGGCCGACCCCCAGCUCAACGACCGCCUGCAUCGUCUGCGCAUACUCACCUCCACUCUGAAGGACAGGGAGGGGGAACUAGCUCUGAUUGACAGGCUGUUGGCCAAUCCCCAGCUGUCGUCGGCAGAGUUCCAGGAGUGGAAGAGAGCCUAUCAGGAGCUGUUCUCUCAGGACCCAGUCACACCGGCCGAGUCAGAGUCCGCCCAGCAAACUCCUUCGCUCUCUCACACACACUCCUACAUCGAGACCCACGUCUGACACUUAAACACACACACCAAACAGUGUUGAGCGUCAGUCCAGAAGCAGAUAGACACAUUCUGAUGGACCCAGACUGCCAGACUGUUGGCGUAAUAAGCCUACAGUACCAGAGGAGGAACUGUAUUUGUUUAUCCCGAGCGGUACGCCAGGGACAGUACCAGACCUGUCAGCACCUGACUCCACAUGGUUUGUAGCUGUGUCCUCUUUCAGACGACGAUGGAUAGGUAGAGCUCAGGAACGACUCUCCGACGACCCCCGCAUCUGCGAGAAAGACUGCUUUGGCCUGUCUUUAACACACACACACACAGCCUAUGAUAGCCCUAGACAUACUUGGACACAAGAGACAACUUGGGGAACUGCUUCCUCCAAUAGCGUCACGGAGCAGCUUCUUUCUGCCCUCUGAUUGGACAGACCUUUUACAGUAUAUUUCUAUAUCCUGCUUGAUGUGCCAUGUUUGUAUCACCAGACAGGUUGUGUUAGCACCGACGUACAGCGUAUACCGAUGAUGCAGCCUUAUAGCGACACUUAGAUCGAUAUAUCUAGCGAAUGUUUCGGACGCUGACAAACUGCGUCCAGGGCACUGAGUGUUUUGUGCAGGUAGUCCUCUAUGUACGUGUCUGCCUGGAGUUAGCUUGCACGAAUUAUGAGCACAAGUCUUAUCUACUCUAGCGGUCCCAGUAACUAGUACUAGGGACGAGGGCCUAGGGCCACAGUUUGUGCAGGUUUUGGUUCCUGCUCAGGACUCACAUACAUGGCAUGAGUAAAGUCAUACUGUAGGGAUUGUUUGAUUUCUUCCCAUGUGUUAGGUCCGGGCUCUAGCCUAAAACCUGGUCUUCCUGUGGAAUUUCAGACAGUACAGUGCAUGUCACCUAGACGCUCGAUUAUGCCAGAUAUUCUGUAUCUCCUCUGUAGGAAUACCUGUAACUAAUGUAAUCAUUGUACUGCUGCUGCCAUGGAACUGUCCCUCUAGACGCUGCACACAACUAAAGCAAUUGUACUCUAUAUCGCACACACACACACACACCGGCACAUACACUCGCACAUACUUACAAACAAAGAAACACACAUACAUGCAUGCACACACACAUCAGCACUUGGGCACAUAGAUAACAAGAUACACACACCCAAGUUUGUUUUACUACCCUAGUGGGGCCCAACCAUUCACUUCCAUUCAAAAUGUUAUCUCGAACCCCAAACACCUAACCCUUCCCCCCUCACCAGGCCACUCUCACAGACCCACAAAGAGUAGACACACUCACACACUCACACACACUCACACACAUAAACGCAUUGUUCUCAGUCUGGAUGCUGUCCACAUGCUGCUUCCCCGUGGUUGGUUCUAGUGGCAUGUGUUGUUAUAGUUAUGGAUGCAGAAUUUGUGUUAUAGAUUUUUUGAUCUCUUUAUUCCCAGUGUGACACACAGUAGUGCUCCAGUAUAUAUUGUUUGGACUAACUGUCUUUCCGUCAAGUCAGUUUAUGCUUUAGCAAUAGUACAUGCUAAUUAUAUUUAUUUAUAAAUAUAUAUACAUAUAUAUACAAAUAUAUAUAUAUCUAUUAUGUUGACGUGUGGGCCAAGCUGGAGUUAAUAAAGUUCAGCUGUUGGGAGGAGA